UACUUGUACACUUAACCAAAUGCUCUUAUGUAUUUGUUUUAAAAGUUUCCUUCUUUUUAUAAAUAGACCACAAAAAACUAAGUUAACUUUAGCACCAAAUGUUAAACGCAAGAGUUAUGGUAUUUUUAUGCUCCUAAUUCGAAAAUGUUAUUUUUAUUAUCAAAGGUUGACUCGAGGCUAAAGAAAGAUUAUGAUCCAAGACCUAAACUCCUUUUAGUUAACAAAAGAAAAAUCUUAACUUAACUUAACUUCGUACUGCGAAGAGCGACUAAAAUCAAAUAUUAUGUUGUGUUGACCCUAAAAUUGGAAGCAUAUACAAUCUUUUCCCUUUUUUCAAAAUAAAGUCAAAAUAAAGUAUUUUCUUUCUUCCAACCCCCCUACUAUAAAUAUAUGUCAUUUUGCCAAAUGCUCUUAAACAAAAAAAGGUACCAAACCAAAAGAGCAAGAACAAAAAAAUAUGAACACGAUAUUACAAAAUGUAUCGUGCUUCAAGAGAAAAGUUAGUUCUGGACGACCAUUCGACUCCAGGUCAUUAUCGUCUUCGUCCACUCCUCAAAAAUACGACGUCUUUUUGAGCUUCAGAGGCGCAGACACUCGCAAGAACUUCGUCAGUUUUCUGUACAAGCAGUUAGAGACCAAAGGCAUUCGAGCUUUCAAAGACGACAACGCACUGGUGUGUGGCCGUUCGAUUGCACCAGUGAUUGUCCAAGGCAUCAAAGGAUCAACAAUCGCUGUCGUGGUGAUCUCUCCGACUUAUCCAGCUUCCUUCUGGUGUCUCGAGGAGCUUGUAAUGAUUUUAAAACUGGAGAGAGAAAAACUACUCACUGUGGUGCCUAUUUUCUACGAGGUUGAACCUAAUGACCUGAAGAGACAGACGGGAAAACUGGUGAAGCAGUUCAAGAAACACGAGAAGAGACAUAGCACAGAGAGAGUCCACUCGUGGAGGGAUGCCUUGAACAGAUUGGCUACUCUCUCCGGCGACUGUUCAAAGAUUUCGGAAGAUGACGCGACGCUGGUCGAUAGAGUUACUGAGAGAAUAUCGAAGAUUUUGUCCAGUAACGUAAUUAGUUUCGACGAACACAUGAAGAGAUUGUAUCCGUUACUUGAUCUAAAUUCAAACGAAGGUGUUCAAGUAAGUGGGAUUUGGGGAAGAGGGAGCAAGGGAAGAUCAGCAUUCGCGAAACACGUUUACAAAAACAUCUCACCCGACUUUGAAGCUCAUUGUUUUCUCGAAGACGUUAGAAAUAUCUCACUGCAUCUACAAGAAGAAGAGCUUCUUUCCAAGAUGCAAGGAGAAGUCUUGAUGAGCACAAAGAGCUCUCACAUGUGUCUCCACGCGAUCAAAGCAAGGCUCGGGAACAGGAAGGUUCUGCUAGUGGCUAACGACGUGGACAAGAUCGAAAAGUUAGACGCGCUUGCUGAUGAAUUUAGUUGGUUUGGUCCAGGGAGUAGGAUCAUCAUAGUCACACAAGAUAAGCAUUUGCUUAGUUCAUGGGGUGUGAAGAGUGUCUACGAAGUUGAACUCUUGAGAUGCUGUGAAGUUGGUAAGCUCUGGCGGUCUGAAGCCUUCAUACGGAGAGAUGAUCAUGCGGGUUCCGAGCUUUCUUUUUCGACCCUGAUAUGCAAUGAUAUAUAGGUCAUGUUCGGUUUUGUAUUUCAUACAACAUCUAGAUGUAGCAUCUGAAUACUCCAGAUAUUGUUUGUUUGUUUUUAUAGUUAGUAUUUACAUUCAGAUACACCAUCCAGAUGCUAAAUUGUUCAUCUUUUUAUCUAAAUAAUAUUUGAAUAUUAAUAGUUAAAAAUACUAAAAUACAUUAAUAAUGAAUUGAUUAUAAAAUUUAAAUAAAUAUAUUUAAAAUUAAUUAUGCAUUUUUUGCGGAAAAAUAAGUUUGAUAAGUUCAUUGGAGGCUAGAUAUU